CGGAAGUAUGUGUUCUCGUUAAUCACAAGACACUCCGAGACUCAGUCAUAUGAGCAGGAUAAAUAAGUAGGAAAAGGACAUCAUCUUACAAGAACAAAAUGCAGGCUGCGAGUAGAGCACCACCCGGAGUUCUUCCAGUGCCAACGGAACCUACAAAACGAUAUGGAACUCCGUUAGGAAUUGUCUACGGAAUUGUUAUUUCUAUUUCCAUAUUUGUUGUGGUGCUUGUAGGAAUUUAUUAUCUCAUCACUGGAAAGGGAGCUCGAUUUGACUUUGGAUGGUUCUUCUUUUCAACUUCCCCUUAUAUGUGGGCUUUGAUUGGUGUAGGCAUGGCCAUCUCCUUGUCUGUUGUAGGUGCUGCAUGGGGCAUCUACACAACUGGUGCAAGCAUAGCGGGUGGUGGUGUUAAAGCCCCACGCAUCAAGACCAAAAACUUGAUCAGCAUUAUUUUCUGUGAGGCUGUGGCAAUCUAUGGAAUUAUCAUGGCCAUCGUCAUCAGCACAAAUCUCAGUAAUGUUAAUUUGAGUUCACUCACAAGUAAAGAAAAGAUCUAUGCUAAUUGGGCAGCUGGUUUUAAGAUGUUUGGGGCUGGUCUGACUGUUGGUAUCUGUAACCUGGCCUGUGGUAUCUGUGUUGGCAUUGUGGGAUCUGGAGCUGCUCUUGCUGAUGCUGCUAAUGGUGCACUCUUUGUCAAAAUCUUGAUCAUUGAGAUCUUUGGCUCUGCUAUUGGCUUGUUUGGACUCAUCAUUGCCAUUUUACAGGUGACAAGUGCCAGUAUGGAAAGUGAAGCAUAAUCCACUCAGUCUGUAAUGAUGUUAGUUCAUGUAUUUUUUUUUGUGCUACACCGUUCAAUUAAUGGCUUUACUUGAAACUUUCUGGAAUUGUCAAAUGUUUUUAUCAAAAGCAGUUUUAAAAAGUUUUCUUGUAGCUGGCAUCUGCUGUGUUAAUAAUGUAUUUAUUUAUACCCUGAGAUAGAUUUGUUGGUAGUACUGGUACGUACAUGUUUAUAUAUAUUUUAAGUUUUGGUUUUACAGAAACCACUUGAAGCACUCAAAUUAGAUGUUUAGUAGCAUAAAUUUUAAAUCCAGGGGAGUGAACUAGUAGAACAUGUAUUGAUUAUGUUAAUCUGGAAUCUGAUUUUUAUGUACAACUUGUAAAUAUUUUUUUUUAUAUUUUGUGUAAUGACUGAUAGUUUACUUGGUGUAACAUUUUAGUUUUUUGUAAAGCAGCAUCAGUAGGUGGACCUAAUCACUGCUAAGUUUUGUUAGAAACUUUAAAAUUUCUGUACCUAAUUACAACUGUCAACUGUAGUUUUAUUUCUGUGAUAAAUUUUGUGUUGCUUACACCAAGUACAGAGAUUGUGUGCAAAUGUUUAGGGUAAUUACCUUAAUUGUGUACAUGAGAUAUUUAUUACAUUCCUAACACAUUCAUCAAUUAUCUAAAGAUUUCAUAUAUACUGAAAUAUUAAAAUUAAAUUUUAGGCACUUUGUGUGUUUUGGUUCCAUUUCAUUUGUAAGUCAAGAUAGUGGUUGAAGCAAGCAAGUUCCAUGACAUUUUCUUAUUUGUGGUGUCUCAGUUACACAGAGUGUAUUCAAAAAUGUAAAUUAAAAAAAUAACUGUAGUUUGUUUGUCUAGAUCAGGUAUAAUAAAAAAAUAUGGAUCUAUUCAA